CAGCUCACUUUUAUCCGUGUCAUUGUGUUGCCUAUAAGCUGACCUUCAGGAAGGCAUCUGUACUCUUCUCUGCGAUGCCACCAGGAGUCACCAGUUUUUACCUUCUCGCCAUACUACACGUUUUCCCGAUGCCAUUCGUGGCUGAUGAAGUGACGGUGGUACGCCUACAGAGCAUGGAUAUGGCGUCUCGUGAAAGCUACGUUGAUAGCGGGGAGAAUGCCAUCCCGGAUCUCACUCAGUGGACUGUCUGUGUGCGGAUACGGUUCUUUCACUUGGCUCGCCUCAACACCAUCUUCAGCUACACCACCGGCGAGCACUACCAGGAGAUUAUGCUGGGUAUUGACUGGCCUCAGUCCAACCUGCGGCUUGAGUGUUGUAAGUACACAGGGUUUAUGGAGAUGGCGGUACCUCUCCGCCUGUACACUUGGCACCAGAUAUGUCUGUCUGCGGACAUGACCAAGGACGUCCAGUACAUGAUCUUCGAUGACUUGGUAAAUGAAGCGUUAAUUCGUCGUCCUGGCGUCACACGUGAACAACUUAACAAAGUGCGGGGCGGCGGCCGCUUUCUGGUGGGACAGAACUAUAACCCGGCAGCUGAUCUUAUGUUCACCGAAGCAAUUCACGGUGAUUUAGCUGACUUUAGGUUUUAUGAUAUUGCCUUAUCCCCUGAAGACAUGAGAGAAUUUGCUUCGUGUAACGUAACAUUUGAUUUACCUUCUCCUAUGUAUGUCUUUGACAUUAACAUGACCAACUUGGAGUUGAGUGGUGACAGCAAAUUGUAUCGAACAAGUAUAGAAAACAUAUGCUCGAAAGGACCUGAUCUGGUGAUGAUCAUACCCGAAAGAAUAAAUUUUGUUAAAGCACUAGUUAUGUGCAGUUUAUUCACUGGAAGCAUCGUCGUGCCCACAUAUGAUGAGGAAAAUACAGCAAUAUACGACAAGUUCGACGACUUCAAUAAUCACUGUGCAGACAGCUGGGGCACCGCAUUUUGGUUUGGUCUUACAGCAAACUUAACAAGUGGAUGGUGGACGAGAGUGUCAGACGGUAAACCCUUGACAUGGAACAAAUUCGCCAUUGGCUGGGGUGACCCUUCAGAAGAACACAGAUGCAUGGCUGCUGCUGCCGUCAAUACAAGAUACGUUUGGGCUGCCUCACCCUGUGACAUUCAUCAAUGUCCAAUAUGUAACUUUACAACGACUCCGAGGCUACAUAUGCGUGGGCUUUGCAAACUCUCAAAAUUUGAUCGUUAUUAUUCUCCAUUCGACUACAGCAACAUGAAACCAGUAUUAGAGGGAACCUUCCUGAGCAGAAUAUCUUGGGUAAACAAUACUUGGUUAAUCAAGAGCCGCCUGGAGAAGGGGGUGGAGGCUCGCAUGAGUCUCAGAAGCCCAGAUGACUAUCCAUUAGGUCUACAUACAUGGGAGGUGGUAGGCGACACAUGUCGCCUGGAUCAAGUGCAGUUGUUGUUAACGUCAUGCAGCGCUACUGAUUUCACAUGCAGUGACGGGUCAUGCAUUAAGAAGACCAAACGCUGUGACCAAGAGGUUGACUGUCCAGAUAACACGGACGAGCUGAACUGUGACCUCAUUUUGCUCCCCAAAGGAUAUUCCAAAGAAAUUGCGCCACCGGCAGUAGAGUCCCCUCUUUUAUCUCUCCAUAUCUCGCUCGACAUCACCUCCAUCAGGGAAUUUGACAUCUUGGGAUUCAUGUUGGCAGUUGACAUCAUUCAAAGCAUCAGGUGGAGAGACGCGAGGCUUGUCCUGAUGAACCUCCGUCAAGGAAACUUUCCCAACGAAGCAAAAAGCUUUGAUAAACUGUGGCUGCCGGACAUCUUGGUGAAGGAUGGGACCUACAGCCCUACCGACCUGCAGAUGAGACGAGUGAGGCUGUUGGUACGCCGAGACGCAGAUCCUCUCCCUGAUGAUGAUUCCAACUACUCAGAAGAUGAGUUAUACCGCGGGGUGAACAGCACGGUGAAGCUGGUGCAGCAGUAUACAGUUACGCUUAUGUGUCAGUUCCAGCUUCAGGCCUACCCGUUUGACUCUCAGAGGUGUUCCCUGGUCUACUCCAUUCCUGAUCAGGCUGUGGGGAACAUUUUGCUACUACAGGAGGAGGUGAAGUUCACAGGGGAGCGGCGGCUGCUGGAGUACGAGCUGGUCAACGAGACGCUCACCGCCCACGGUAACAUGUCUGCUGCCGUCCAGGUAGAUUCACAUUAUGAGUAA